AUGAUGCAGAAAAUGAUGGCUGGAUGGAUGGUAAAGAAAUUGAUCACAGUUAAGUGGGAUGCAGUUAAUACUCCAGUGGAUGAAGGUGGACUUGGUCUGAGAAAGUUGAAGGUAAUGAAUAAGUCAGUAGUGUUGAAGCUACUAUGGAAGAUAGAGACAGAGGAUGUGGAAUUGACUUCUUUCAUGAGAGCAAAGUAUAAGAACAAAAAUGGGGAAUGGAGUAAUACUUACAAACAAUCUUCUAUCCUACCAGGACUAGAAUGGGUGAUAUUUGAGUUCAAUAAUGGAAGUAGAUGGUUGGUUGUUGAUGGCAAGAACAUUUCAGUGUGGAAAGACAAGUGGAUAGAGGAGUAUGCAUUAAUUGAAAGAUAUUCUGAAGAUGCUUAUGUGCAACAAAAUAUUGAUAUGAAAGUGGAACAAUUAAUUCAAGAUGGAGAAUGGCAUAUCCCAGAAUGCAUGAAUAAAUACUUUGAAGUUACAGAACUCCCAGCAAUAAGUGCAGGUUAA